CUUUGUGCUCGGAGUCGGUCGGGACUCAGCAGCAGCCUCGAGCCUCCGUCGCCCCCGAUCACCAUGUCGUUGGGAGUCGGCCCAGAGGCGGGAUUCUCCAGCGAGGAGCUGCUGACCCUGCGCUUCCCCCUGCACCGCGCCUGCCGCGACGGGGACCUGCCCACCCUGUGCGCGCUGCUGCAGGGCUCGCCCCGCUCCGACCUGGCCGUCGAGGACUCCUUCUACGGCUGGACACCCAUCCACUGGGCCGCGCACUUCGGCAAGCUGGAGUGUCUAAUGCAGUUAGUGAGAGUUGGCGCUACUGUAAAUACCUGUACUACACGUUUUGCCCAAACACCAGCCCAUAUUGCUGCUUUUGGAGGACAUCCUCAGUGCCUGAUCUGGUUGGUUCAAGCAGGGGCCAACAUAAACAAGCAGGAUUAUGUUGGUGAAACCCCUAUUCAUAAAGCAGCACGAUCUGGUAGUAUGGAUUCCAUAAGUGCCCUUGUAGCUCAUGGAGCUCAAAUAGACUUGAGAAAUGCCAGUGGACUGACAGCAGCAGAUCUUGCACAUACCCAGGGCUUCCAAGAGUGUGCCCAGUUUCUCUUGAAUCUCCAGAACUGUCACCUGAACCGUUUCUUUAGCAAUGGCACAUUAAAUGGAGGUCCCAAUCCAGUCAAUGGUGGGACAAGUCGAAAGAGAUCCUUUGAAGAUGUGGAUUCUGCUGGAGUAAAGAAAGCUAAGACUGAAGCUCAUAGCUUUGAUGGCUUAAUACCAAUGAUGAAUGGAGGAAAUGAGGAUGAUGCUGACAAUAUGCACAUUGAUAAAGAGCUUGCUGUUGUAUCAGAUAUGAAUAGCAGUAGCUCCGUUUUGAAUGCAUUGACAAAUGGAUGUACCAUCAAUGGACAUUUGGACUUCACCGCCAUAACACAGUUCAAUGGAAUGGAUGCCAGGCAUGAAGAAUGUUUAACAUUAAUACCUAAUGGAAUAACUCCUGGUGUCGCUUCUGCCAGUAGGCACAGAAUUCACACCAGUAAUGGCACUGAAGAACCAGAAAAAGCCAUGAAUACUUCUGCCGAUAUGUGUGGUUCACUGCAUCUGAAUGGAAGCCCAAGUAGCUUUGUGUCUAACAGGCCCUCAUGGGUUGAAGAUCUUGGAGAUACUUUGCACUAUGGGCAUUAUCAUGGUUUUGGGGAUACUGCUGAAAGCAUCCCUGAACUUAACAGUGUUGUUGAGCAUUCCAAUUCUGUUAAAGUUGAACAAAAAUACGAUAAUACUGUCUUAGGCACAAUGUAUCUUUAUCAUGGUUCCUAAAUCAACAUAUUCUUGUUUGUCAGAUUCAUGUUGAAAUUGCUAGCAAAUGUGACAAAAAAUCCUCACCUAGCAUUAAAUCUGAAGAAUGCAACUAUUACUAUUUUUACACUUUGUUUAUAUAAAAAGUAAACCUUUCAUUUGACAGUCUUCUACUAUAGUUCUAAUUCGUUGCAUGUAUGGGGCUUAUUUAGUGAUGCAAGUAGGUGGUGUUACAAUGAAAUGUUUAUUCUUUGCAUUUUACUAUGGAAUGUUGUGGUUUUGUACUUUUUUUUUUUUUUUUUUU